UCCUUUCCUAGCAUAGCCUCUACAUCACAGGAAGACCAUGAAAGCAAUUCAGGAUCUACUUCCUCCAGGAAGUUGAGAGUAACUCUGUUAAGUAGUGAAUGGAGAUCAACAAAAGGAGGCUUGUCAACCAUCAACCGAGAGCUGGCCAUUCAGUUGGCUAAACACUCCAGCGUGGAGGUCAGUGUUUAUCUCCCUCAGUGUAGCGAAGAAGAUAAACGAGUUGCUGAAAGUCACAAUGUACAGCUCGUUGAAGCAGACGAAAUGGCAGGUUAUGACAAUCCAGUUGACUGGUUGUCGUCUCUACCAGAAGGCCACGCCGUGGACUGUGUGAUAGGGCAUGGUGCGGUUCUUGGUCGGCAAGUGCAGUUCAUUAAGCGUACUCAUCCUCAUUGUAAGUGGAUUCAGGUCGUUCAUACCUCUCCAGAGGAACUUGGAAUGUACAAAGAAUAUGGAGAAAACAUUUCCAAAGGUGAAAAGAAGCACCAGGUGGAGGUUAAACUCUGUAAAUUAGCUGAUCACGUUGUAGCAGUUGGACCCAAGCUUGCUGAAGCGUUUUCAGGUUACCUUCGUCCUUGUGGAAAAGAUCAAAAUGUUUUCAAUUUUACCCCGGGCAUCUUCUCUGAGUUUUCAGAUGUAAAGCAGGCCGCUGAAGAAAGAAACUUUUUCAAUGUUUUGGUCUUUGGGCGUGGUGACAACGAAGAUUUCCAGCUGAAGGGAUAUGACAUUGCUGCCAAAGCCAUUGCUGAGUUGAAAGACAUGACUUACAUACUUGUGUUUGUAGGAGCAACACGGGGAGAAGAAGAGAAAGUAGCAAAAAUGUUACUCCAGGAAGGCAUUGACCGCAGUCAACUCAGGGUGCGUUGUUUUAAUGAAAGCAGGAGGAAGCUAGCUGACCUAUUUUGUGAAGUGGAUCUUGCUAUAAUGCCAUCUCGAACUGAAGGAUUUGGACUAGCUGCCCUUGAGGCUUUAUCUGCGGGUCUGCCUGUGCUGGUCAGUGGGAACUCUGGUUUUGGAGAGGCUUUGAAGAAAGUUCCUUUUGCUUCGAGCUGUGUGGUAGAGUCAGACGAUCCUAAAGAAUGGGCCAGUGCAAUCAAAGUUGUUCGUCAUAAAAACAGGGAGAUGCGACUUGGGGAGUCUAAGGUUGUACGUGGAGCAUAUGGAGAAAAGUACAGCUGGAAGGAGCAGUGUGAUAAACUUGUAGAACGGAUGAGAAAUAUCAUACUAGAAGGUCAGUUUAAAAAGUUGCGUAAAGCGAUUAUCCUCUGUAAUAUUAGGCUGGUAAAAAUGUGGUACACCCGUAUAAUUUGGUAUUGUGUAAAUAAAACAUUUUAUUGUAUAAACAGCAAUAAAAUACCAGGUGAGCUUUCGAUCAAAAACAGGAUUUUCUGUGACUCUAAAGCCAGGCUAUCAACACUAUAGAUGACCUCAAUCAACUAAUUGAAUUAAAGGGUUUUCAGAGUUUUAUAGAGUAUUUAUUGGGUUGUGUUUAACUUCGACAACAACCACAAAACAAGUUUGAUGCUACGCGGCCAGGAUAUGCGGGAACGACCACAAAUUUUCAAACUGUUUGAAAACUCACCCGAAAAUACCUACUUAAAUCAGAACAAACAAAAAAUACCUGCCAAAUUUUUCUACCCACUUAGACCCUGUGAUGGAAAAUCCUUCGACCAUCCCCUUCACGUGCAUACUGGAGACCCUACUUUCUUUCUAUACAAGUUGUAAAUGACCUUGAAAUCUACAAAACUAUAGAAAACGAUUGUUAAUCUCAACAUACACUAGCCCCUUUAAGACAACAUGGGGGCGAGUUGGAUAUACCGGUAUCACUUUCUUCAAUUGACUGAAUGAUUGAUCUCGGUUUUGCCAGAGAGGACCUCGGGUUUACUUUGUUCAGUUUUGUCCUGGAAUGAGUUCGCAGACGUUUUUAGGGGUUGAGGAACCCUUAAAAACGUCCGCGUGGGAAGUUAGGAAUGAUUUUGCCCGAAUUUUUUUUUUUUUCAGACAUCGCUUUACUAAUGGUCAGUCCCCAUACCCAUGCAAAAAAAAAAAAUGAAUUGCACAAGAAACAACUAUAAUCUUUAUGAUAUUAUUGGUUGACAUUCAGGUUCGAUAGAGAGACGUCCGCUAUCUCUUAGUGGCAUCCUACCACCAAGACAACCGUACCAGCAGGGAGAUGCCAGUAACUAUGGUAAAAAACAAUCAAUUAGCUUUGAAAUUAUUUAAGUUUGUUGUGUGUAGACUAGGAAACUAACACUUUAACAUGACUCCAACCGCACUUUAGGAAACAAACACUUGUUUUAAUUAAGAGAAUGCGUGUUUAUUUUUGUGAAGGCUAAUUUCAGUUUUAUUGAAAUUAAGAAUACGCUUAAUGUCCAUUCUUUCGACCUCAAACCGUUAUUGCAUGCCGGAGAUUCUUGAGCUCAAAGCUACUACAAUUCUCUCGCACCGUAGAGAGAUGAAGAUCCAUCAGAAAAAUGCUCAAAACUUUUAUGAGGCCUGUUUUGUUAGGAGUUUUACAUUAAUGUUCAAAUUGAGUCUCAUGAAAUUCUGGAAAUUGACUAUUGCGUUAAUUUUCCUUAUUUAAAAAUUCUACGGCCACUUCUUUCGCGUUAGAUUACUUUACCUUCAAUUCUUGUCUGAAUGUAACUAAAAGUCACCUUGAUUUUAAAUAUCGCGUUAAUUCCUUAGUUAAAAGAUAGAUGUAUGGUGUCGGCUCUUUUGGGUUUUGGUGAAAUCAUUGGUGGCUGAACCUCAAGACGCCUUCACGUGCUAAAAUACCUCUUCAUCAUUAAAGUUGAUCGUGAACAAAAUACUCAGUCAUAGAGCAAUAAUUUGAAAGUGCAUAUGAAACUACAUUAUCCACUGCUUCCGAUUGACAAGUGCAGCAAACAUAGAUAGAUUUUCGAGAUACUAGGCUUUUUAUUAUAACUGUUGACUUUUGACGCACGGCAGAACAAAAAUGACGUAGUAAUAUGAGUGUUGCUUGCUGAGAUCACAUGCAACGUCAAAUGCUUCAAGUCUCAAAUAUGAAUUUAGAAACGUACUAGUAAGUACUUUGUUCAACAACGACAAAAAAUAAGAAGGUUAUUUGAUUUGCUAUCAACGGUAGAACUAGAUAAAACAGGUAGCCGCUCUGUCGGGCGGUUCUCUGCGUCACAACAUCGGUCAUUCAUGUGAAUAAUCAGGGUCACGGGAAGAGGGGAAGUGACAACAGCUUUCUUGUAAUGUUCGAUUGAAGUAGAACCUAUGUUCGAUUUUUACCUAGCUUAACCUGCAAAUUUUACAUCAGAAAUAUUAUUGACCUUCUGCUCAAGGCUUGCGAUAGUAUACGGAAAAAAGAAGGCUGACCAAGUUGUCACUCUUGAAUCAAAAUUUAUAAAAUUGAACUACCUUUUCAGAAGGAACUAAUUAAUUAGUUUACUAGUUUAUUUUUACUUACUUACAAAGUAUAAACUUACUUACUUAUUCUGUGUUUUCAGGAGAAAGCCUUGAUCUUCGAUUUGACUGUAACGUCCCUGAACAAGUAGACGCUUCAUCACCCCUAAAUGUUAAUCGGGAGCAAAAUGCCUUGGAUAGAAGAAUUCCAUCUUCACAAGAGGUUCUGAAUCUUAUUGCAACCAAAUAUUUUGAGACCAUUAACCCCUCAAAUCAAGAGGAAUUAAAUGGUUUUCUUCAGUAUAUGGAAAAGGUGCGCAAACUAAUUCUUGUUGAUGUCAAGACUGGAAGCUUGAUAAUCACAGUGCGGUGUAGCUCGCUGCGUAUUCUUGAUGAACUCUGGGAGGAUUAUUGCACGGGCCAUCUCAACAAAGUUGCACAAAGGUAUCUUGUGACAGAAGACUUUCUCAAAGAGUUGGGUCUUGAUUCAGUUCAACUUACGUUGAAUAUCAAUGAAGAGGAGUACAAAGCUUACCGAAAACACUUAUUAAAAAGUGAAGGUGGGUCCAAAAAAAUCCUUUGA